UCAGACAUGUUCUGCCAUGUGUCAUUUCAGGAAACGUUCCAGAAUAUGAUCUGUUGCCAGGCCAUGUGCGUGUUCCUGCUGCUCAACAUUGGCGGCAUGUCCAGGAGUUAUUUCAUUCACAAGGAGGUGCAACUUAAUCCAGAUUUAGACGUGGCCGGUAUAUACGAAGCAUAUAGAGAAAAGAAGGAAUGCGGGAGCUCUGGUGGAGGUGGAGGUGGCGGAGCUGGAGGAAGAUCAGGUGGUUGUGAUGGAGGCGGUAGUGACAAGCCGUGCGGCGCCAUUUUCUCCGAGGGUGAUGCCAAAUCGAAGGCUUCCAGCAUAGCCCAAAAGGCCGCCCAGGAGGCAAAGGCUGCCAACGAUGCCCAAGUGGCCGCCGGCGAAGCUGCUUCCAUGCAAGUGAAAUUGGAGCUAGCCGACAGAGCCCUGCAAGCGGCUCGAGCGGCCGAGGCGGCUCUGGCUGGGAAACAGCAGAUUGUCGAGGCCCUGGAGCAGGAGCAAGGCGAGGCAGAGGCGGUGGUCAACGAAGUGAACAGGUCCUUGCACAGCACAGCGGCGAAUGCAGAGGCCGCCGGAACAGCAGCCAGUGAUGCCAAGAACCAAUUGAACCAGCUAAGAGUCCUUUUCAAUUCUGCAUCGGAUCAGUUGCGAAACAUUGAGGCGAUGGCGAAUGGGGCUCAGUCCGAGUUGGCCGAGAAGUCUCAGUUGCUGGAAGCCGCCAAAAAGCGGCUCGAUACUAUUACGAGGCAUCUGAACUCCGCUCGGACGGAUUUUGACAAGACCAAGCAGGCGGCGUAUAAGGCAGCCUGUGCUGCAGUGGAGGCCAAGCAGAAGGCUCAGCGGUCCCGUCGGGGGAACAAGUCUUCCUCCUCCUCUUCCUCAUCAUCUUCCAAAAACUAGAAACAUUGUAUUAUUGAUUUAUUAAAGUAUAUAUUUUAGAAAAAUGU